UUGUGUGGGGGGGCGGGGGGAGAUAAGAGAGAGAGAGAGAGUGGCAGAGGAACUGAUAGAGAACUUUCAAAGCUCUUUAUCUUCUACCAUCACUCAACCAGCCUCUAUAUUGCAGUCUCAAACUGAAAGUCUAAAUUUUUUUGUAAAAAGCUUUAGUUUUAUCCCUACCCCCACCCCAUCUGAAAGAAAGAGUGUUUGCCUCACAUCAUUUUUUCCCCUUUCUGUCUCUCUCUCUGUCGGUACCAUGAGACCAGAACGAAACCCCUUAGAUCUUAACAAUUUGCCCGAUGAGUACUCUAGAGAUGGCAAACAAGUCCUCGAAGACCAUACCUCUUCAUCCGGUUGCAGGAAAAAGAAAAGCGGCGGGAAGGAUGGAAAAGACGAGUGUGGGAAGGUCUACGAGUGUAGAUUUUGUUCCCUCAAGUUCUGCAAGUCUCAGGCUCUUGGGGGACACAUGAACCGCCACCGCCAAGAGAGGGAAACGGAGACGCUGAACCAGGCUCGUCAACUGGUCUUUCGUUGUGAUCAUAACAUUGCUGCACAAGGUGCCCCUCACUUAGGAUGCUGCCAAACAAUAGGAACGGGGGGUUAUCAUCCCUCAGGAGACCCAACAGUGCCUCUAAGAUUCCCAAGAUACUUCUCAGGUUCAUCCUCAACUCACAUGCCACCAUCCCCGCCACCGCCGCCGCCACCGCAACGACCAUACCUAUACCCUUCACCUACGAGGCCAGUGUCAUUUGGGUCAUCACACUUCCCUCUCCAGCAUGCAGUGAACGAUUACUAUGUGGGCCACGUGAUGAGUGGUGGCAGCCACGGACACUAUGUUGGAGGAGAGAGCACAAGGAGUUACACGUGCAUUGGUGCACCGGUGGGGCAAGGUGGCGGAUUCGCUGGUGGUAAGGAGGGGUCUGCAGUGCAGGAGGAAGGGUUGAGUACUUGGGGAAGGGGCUAUUCAGGUGCACAAGAUCGUUUGGAUCCUCCCUCAGCGAUCAAUCGGUUUCAAGAUGGUUUCUAAAGAGAUGAGAGAUUCUUUGUUUGAGUGGUUUUUGGUUUGUGUUAUGUUUCUGUUAUGUUAUGUGGUAUCAUCAUAAAGACACGCAAUCCAGAGAGAGAGAGAGGUGGUUUUUGGUUUAUCUACAGUAACCAGGGACAGCUUUUGAGCUCAUGGACACGCUCAGCUACUUUGGCUUGGAGUUGUGGGUGGGAUUUCUUCUCAACAUCGCCUUUUGUAUUGGUAGCUAGCUAGCUAGCUUGGACAACCAGUUAGAUUUGAACUGAAACUUUCCAAACUCCUUUUCCUUUGCAUGCCAAAUUACAACCAUUUUCCUUCUCA